UGUAUGGAACGCAGCCCAACGGAGCUCUGCUGUAGGUUAGCUCGGGAUGUGACAGUACCGAACGCAGCCGCAGUUUGUCUGGUUCCUGUAUCACUCUCAGUCAAAAUAUAUCGGGGCUGCCUGUCCGACACAGCACUUGUUAGCUGGUUAGAAAACUCAGAAACAAAGUUACUCUAUAUAGUUAGGCUACUUUAAAUACAGAAGAAAAACACGUCACGUUAACAGGGAAUAAGCAAAAUGCCUGCAGUCUCUAAAGGGGAUGGGAUGCGUGGCCUGGCCGUGUUCAUCUCUGACAUCAGGAACUGUAAAAGUAAAGAGGCCGAGGUUAAGAGGAUAAACAAAGAACUGGCCAACAUCCGUUCCAAAUUUAAAGGAGACAAGGCUCUGGACGGCUACAGUAAAAAAAAGUAUGUCUGCAAGCUGCUCUUUAUCUUUCUUCUGGGCCAUGAUAUCGACUUUGGACACAUGGAGGCUGUCAACCUCCUCAGCUCCAACAAGUACACAGAGAAACAAAUUGGCUACCUGUUCAUCUCCGUGCUGGUGAACUCUAACAGUGACCUGAUCAGUCUAAUCAACAACGGCAUUAAGAAUGACCUGGCCAGCCGCAACCCCACCUUCAUGAACCUGGCCCUGCACUGCAUUGCUAAUGUGGGCAGCAGAGAGAUGGCUGAAGCUUUUGCUUCUCAAAUCCCCAGCAUCUUGGUGGCAGGGGACACGAUGGACAGCGUGAAGCAGAGUGCAGCACUGUGUCUGCUACGGCUCAACAGGACCUCUCCUGACCUAGUGCCAAUGGGUGAAUGGACAGCACGAGUGGUCCAUCUGCUUAACGAUCAGCACCUGGGAGUGGUAACAGCAGCCGCCAGCCUUAUUACCACUCUAGCCCAGAAGAGUCCCGAGGACUUCAAAACAUCCAUCUCACUGGCUGUGGCCAGGCUCAGUAGGAUUGUGACUUCCGCGUCCAUCGAUCUACAGGACUAUACAUACUACUUUGUUGCCGCACCAUGGUUGUCUGUGAAAUUGCUGCGCCUGCUACAGUGCUACCCUCCACCUGAGGAUGCAGCGCUGCGAAGUCGUCUGACCGAGUGUCUGGAGACCAUCCUCAACAAAGCCCAGGAGCCACCCAAGUCCAAGAAGGUCCAGCACUCCAACGCCAAGAAUGCUGUUCUUUUCGAAGCCAUCGCCCUCAUCAUCCACCAUGACAGUGAACCCACCCUGUUGGUACGAGCCUGCAACCAGCUAGGCCAGUUUCUGCAGCACAGGGAGACCAAUCUCCGUUAUUUGGCUUUGGAGAGCAUGUGCACACUGGCCAGCUCUGAGUUCUCCCACGAGGCGGUAAAGACUCAUAUAGAUACUGUGAUCAACGCUCUAAAGACGGAGCGAGAUGUGAGCGUUCGCCAGCGGGCUGUGGAUCUGCUCUAUGCCAUGUGCGACCGCAGCAACGCCAAGCAGAUUGUGGCAGAGAUGCUAAGCUACCUGGAGAACGCCGACUACUCAAUCCGAGAGGAGAUGGUGCUCAAGGUGGCCAUCCUGGCAGAAAAAUAUGCCGUGGACUACACCUGGUACGUGGAUACCAUUCUCAACCUUAUCCGCAUCGCCGGCGACUAUGUCAGUGAAGAGGUGUGGUACCGUGUCAUCCAGAUUGUCAUAAACCAAGAUGAUGUCCAAGGCUAUGCAGCCAAGACCGUCUUUGAGGCACUGCAGGCUCCCGCCUGCCAUGAGAACCUGGUGAAGGUGGGGGGUUACAUCCUGGGAGAGUUUGGGAACCUAAUUGCUGGCGACUCGCGCUCCAGCCCUCUGGUCCAGUUCAACCUUCUCCACUCCAAGUUCCACCUGUGCUCUGUACCAACUCGGGCACUGUUGCUGUCGGCGUACAUCAAGUUCAUCAACUUGUUUCCAGAAGUGAAAGCCACGAUCCAAGACGUCCUGCGCUCAGACAGCCAGCUGCGCAACGCUGACGUGGAACUUCAGCAGAGAGCUAUCGAGUACCUGAGGCUCAGCUGCAUCGCCAGCACUGACAUACUGGCCACCGUCUUAGAAGAGAUGCCUCCAUUCCCAGAGAGAGAGUCGUCAAUCCUGGCCAAGCUGAAGAAGAAGAAGGGCCCAGGCAACCUGCCCGACAUCGACGAUGCCCGCUGGAAUGUCAACGGCAGCACCGAGCACAGCGAGAACACAGAAAGCACAAACAAGUCUCCUCCUUCACUGAUGGCAGACCUUCUUCCUACCAACAGACCUCGCCCUGCCUCCUCUAGUCCCACCUUGCUCUCUGCUGGGACCAUGGGUUCCAGCCACCCCUUCACAGACCUGCUGAAUCUGAACUCCACCCCUUCAGCAGGAGCCAGCCUGCUGGUUGAUGUCUUGUCCGACAUCUCCACCCCUGCUCCCAUAAAUGUGUCUGAGGACAACUUUUCCAGGUUUGUUUGUAAGAACAACGGUGUUAUCUAUGAGGACCAGCUGUUGCAGAUUGGACUGAAGGCGGAGUACAGGCAGAACCUGGGUCGUAUUUAUGUGUUCUACGGCAACAAGACCUCUACCCAGUUCCUCAGCUUCUCCUCAUCGGUGACCAGCAGCGACACGCUCAAGACUCAGCUGAAUGUCCACGCUAAGGCAGUAGACCCCACAGUAGAUGGUGGAGCUCAGCUCCAGCAGGUCGUCAACAUUGAGUGUUUGUCAGAUUUCACAGAUGCACCGGUCCUCGACAUCCAGUUCAGAUACGGUGGAACUCUACAGAAGAUUGCAGUGAAACUCCCUGUGAUGCUUAACAAGUUUUUUCAGCCUACAGAGAUGACAUCCCAAGACUUCUUCCAACGCUGGAAACAGCUCGGAGUUCCUCAGCAAGAGGUUCAAACUAUCUUCAAAGCCCAACACCCAAUGGACACAGAUGUGACCAAUGCUAAGAUCUUAGGUUUUGGUGUAGCUCUGUUGAUUGGGGUGGAUCCCAAUCCUGCAAACUUUGUUGGAGCUGGAGUCAUUCACACUAAGAACACUCAGGUGGGCUGCCUCCUCAGACUGGAGCCCAACACACAAGCACAGAUGUACCGGCUGACCCUGCGGACCAGCAGGGAGUCCGUGUCUCAGAGACUGUGUGAUCUCCUCUCUGACCAGUUUUAGACUUUGCAACAGCACCGGCAUUUCUACACCUUUACUCUCCGUGUCUCACGUUAGAUAGGAUUUGAUGUAUUGUACAGUGUAAAUUCUUUAUUAUUUUUUUUUUUUUUUUAUUUGACUUACUCCAAAUGUAAAUGAAGUGAAAUGUAUCUUCCCCGCACAUAGCUUUACUAAUAACACUGCUUUGAAACCUGCCUCGUGUACUCGAGUACCCACUGAGCACCUUAGCCAACGCGUUGCGGAUGGCGCACGCGGCUCUGAAUGCAUCUCCGUGGUGUUCUGCAGCUCCAGACUUGGGAAGCGUUUUGAAAUGACGUGUUUUUUUUGCUGCUUGGAUACUGCCUUUUUUAUUAAUCCAACAUUUUGAAGAGUUGCUUAGGAAGCACCAGUAAGAUUGAGAUGGUUGGAAAUCUCAAUAGGGUCAUGAAUUCAGUUGUUCUGAGUGUUUGAAACCAAUUCCCUCAACUCCUCGCCCAUUUUGCACUUGUUUGGUGAAAAAUUAAAUCACUUAAGUAGAUCGGCUAGAUUUAGACAAGAGGAUUUUUACUUCAGUGUCGACGUUCUUUCACCAAUUUUUAAACGUCUGUCAUCUCAGGAGGAAAAGCAAAGCUUUGCAUUGUGGUAUAUUGUUAGUAAAUAACAAUAACAGUUUUUGUUUCGGGGUGGGAGGUUUUAAACUACACUGUGCAUAAAGUUUACACAUAGAAUUCAGGCACUUCAAUAAAAUGGCACCAAAAAAAAAUCAAUAUAGAACACUAGGUAGCAAAUGGAUAUCAAUUGCUGAUAGUUAUGAAAUUUAUUGUCUGAUUUUUUUUUUUUUUUUUUCGAAUAUUUCCUUAACUCCACACAGUUGUGCCUGUGAACCUUUGUUACUCUGUCAACAGAAAGAGCCUUCAAAUAGACAAGAGUAAUAUUAUAUAAAUAUCUAUAUAUAAAUGUAGCACUGUCACACUACUUUCACCUGAAUGCAUUUAUUCACUUAACACUGCCAAACUGGUAAUAUCUCUAUGUUUCAAUAACGUAUGGUGUAUUUUUUGUUUUAUAAAAUGUACUUUUAUCAUAAUCAUUGAUGGCGUAUUCAUGCUUAGCAUAAAGGUUAAAAAAAAAAAAAAAAGAAAUCUUCCUACCACCACCUCUAAAGCAGUGUACAAAUGACAAGCUGCAGCAUUACAGGGGGUUAUUGUAUAUAUUGUACCGGCAAAUAGAAAUAUGAGAAAUGGUCAUAACUAGGGCUGCAUGAUAUGAGGAAAAUAUCUAAUUGUGGUUAUUUUUUGACUGAUAUUGUGAUAUGAUUCACUAUAUUAGAGGGAAUAAUUGUUUUUGUAUCCUUAUUCUCAUUUUCAUUGAAAAUGAUUAACAUUGAAAGAAAUUUGAAUGAUUUUUUUUUUUUGCUAGGAUCUGUACCAAACAAAGAUUUUUGUUCUUUCUUUAAUCUGUAGAAUAGGAUCUCUGCAGCACCACAAUAAAAAAACCAACAUUCUGAAUGAAUGGUUUGACACAUAAUUUGCCAUUAACAAAUAUUGCACCACCCUGCGAUUUGGAUAUUGCAAUAGUCCAUAUUGCGAUUUCAAUAUAAUCCUGAUUAAUUGUGUAGCCCUAGUCAUAACCCCCAACAAACGGCAACUAGUCAUUUUUCCACUGCUGUUUUUGUACGUAUUAAACAAGACAGCAUGACACGUGCUGGUACGUGGAUUGUUUUUUUUACCUUUGGACUGAGCUAGGCUAGCUAAAUGCUUAUCUUAAUGCUAAGCUAACUAGCUAUGCAAAGUGUCCUGGCUGUAGCUUCAUAUUUAACAGAGAGAUGUGAGAGUGAUAUUGAUCCUGCUAUUUAACUCUCGGCAAGGAAAGCCAAUAAGGAUGUGUACCAAAAUGUCAAACGAUUCUUUAAGGAGCUUCGGUUUAGAAAUAAUGACAAUUGGUAAGAGAAAUGUAAGAAUACAUCUUCAGAUUGUGUUAAGGGGUUUGGCCGAUCCAUGAAUAAUGGUACCUUAAACUGGACCUGAGAAGCUUUGCUGUGACCUAUGGGCCCAUAAGCAUUUAUCCAUUUACAUUGUGUGGGAUUUUAAGGUUUCACAUCAUAUUGAGACCAGUGGACUCUGUUCUUUUGGAAGUCUUGAGAUGAGAUGACCUAUUUACUAUUUACUUCGCUCAGGCCGAGGAGUGUACAGGAUGACCGACUGUCCCGGAGUCCUGCUGUGCCUUCUGUUUAGCAUCUUUUUGUCGAGAACGGCAAUGGGAUGAAGGUGUUGGGGGCAGGAUUUGCAACUGUGUUUUUAUGAGUAUCAAGGGGUUACAUUUCAUAUAUUUUAACAAUAAAUAGAACCACGUAAAGCUGUAAAUGACCACUUGACAAUAAGCACUGGCUCUUUCUGGCCUGUUUUGGAUACAGUACCAUGGAAACGACAAAUUACUAUACGUUUUUAAUGUCCCGUAAUGCCCUGAGGAACAAACGAAGCAAAUAUAUUGGACUUUUGUUGGCUAUAGUUUGCUGGAAACAAGACUCCAAUAAUUUGCUGGAUGUGUAGUUCAGUUACUGUUGGCUAACACAUUUGCCUUUGUUGGGUUUUUUAUAAGGUGACAUGUAGAGCUGGGCAAUAUAUCGAUAUUAUAUCAAUAUUGUGAUAUGAGACUAGAUAUCGUAUUAAAUUUUGGAUAUCGUAAUAUGGCAUAAGUGUUAUCUUUUCCUGGAUUUAAAUGCUGCAUUACAGUAAAGUUAUGCCAUUUUCUGAAAUUA